GCGCAGUAAACGAAAGUUAAUUAUGAUUACGUGGUUUUGUGUUCAGGUCUAAUAAACUCUUCCUGAUGUUAGAUAAAAGUGAUUCACCGAGCAAAAAUCACAUCACUUCAACAAGCAUCUCAGCUCACGAUAGAAAAAACGAAUGGAAGUGUGGUGGCAACACUAAACUAUUGCACAACAGCAGUGAUCUUAAAAUUAUAAGAGAAAGGAAAAAGAAUAAAAUCAAAGCCAAUUUGAAAGAUUCUCGCUAUAAAAUAGUGGAUCAAUGUAUUAGAGAGGCAGGAUUCACGGUAGUUGACAAUGAUGAUAACAAUGAUGCAUAUUUAAUAUGGAGCGACAACUUUUUGCCUUUGGAGAGGAUUAUGAAAUUGAAGCCGUACCAACGCGCCAAUCACUUUCCUGGUAUGAUUGAAAUAUGUCGAAAGGAUCUCCUUACCAAGAAUUUCUCAAGAAUGCAGAAGGCUGAGCCAGAUGAAUAUAAUUUUAUGCCAAAUACAUGGGUCCUACCACAAGAAUUUGGAUACUUUUCAAAUUAUGCAAGAAAAUUAUAUCGACAAGGGUGUAACGCAUGCUUCAUACAAAAACCAGCUAAUGGAGCUAUGGGACAUGGAAUUCGUUUAUAUUGUAAUAUGAAUAAAAUAUCAGGAAAUGUAAAUGAUAACGUAAUAAGUGUUAUCCAAGAAUAUAUUGAACAUCCAUUACUUAUUGACGGAUAUAAAUGUGAUCUAAGAGUUUAUGUUUUAGUUACAUCAUGUGAUCCGUUAAAAAUUUUCAUAUAUAAUGAAGGUUUAGUACGCUUGAGCGCUGAGAAAUAUGUUAAACCAAGUGAACCAAGUGGAACCAUGGGUGAACUCGAGAAAGCAGUAAGAGGCUCAGAUGGAGCCGAAGAUGUUCCAUCCAAUCACCUUUCGGAAGAAUAUCCUAGAAUUCCUACGUGUAGCUUCCCGAUUGGAUAAUGCUAAUAGCCCCCUGUAUGCGGAUUGGAGGACUGUAAUGAUGAUUUCGUUCUUACUAAAAAC